GUCUCUCCGGUUCCCAUUUUAACUCUCUCUCUCUCUCUCUCCUCUCAGAACCACAUCGCCGGCGACUAUUGGUCACCAGAGAAAUGAAUAUUCCAGCGACCGUCACUUGUGCAACCUUACACAAUGCUCGCAUCUCCGAUCAUCGCCGACACGUCUUCCACGAAAAGUGACCACCACCGGAAGCGAUCUCAUUUCGCUUAAUUACGCUCCAAGUUAUUCUCUGUCUGACCUUCUCCUUCUUCUUCGGCGAAUUUCCGCCAAAAAGCUGAUACGAUAAUUGUAGAGGAAGGUACCGAUUUUCUUUUUUCCCUGGUUCGUACAUAAGUUUUGGUAGAUUUUCUUUUUUCCUUUUUCUGAAGAUUUGGACCGGAUUGACCUGUUGAUCGGAGGAAGAAAAAGAAAAGGCAAAAAAAAAGUGAGGAUUUUGUUUUUUUGAUUUUGUUAGCUGAGAAAAGGAAGCUGAAUGUACAUGAAUUAAGUGCUUUUUCAUUUCUCACGGAUUUUGCGUCAAUUUCUGUGUUUCUGGAAGUGAGUGAGUAUUAAAUGGAGUCUCCGUGUAUUAGGCUCUGAAAAUGGAGCAGAACUGACACAAAAAGCUUUUACUAUAGGAUUUGUAUUUAGGUUUAGAAAACUAGUUAGAGAGAGAAAACUUUCAAGCGUUUCAAUCUUUGAAACCUUGUGUUGUCGGAGAACUUUGACCAUGCCGUUUCCGAUGAAGAUCCAACCGCUCGAUACCGAUUCCGAGACGGCGAGAGAACCGGUUAGAGCUGAUUCGGCUAAACCGAUGUUGAAAUCGCGAUUCAGGAGGCUCUUUGACAGGCAGUUCCCAAGCGUGUUGAAGAAUUCGUCGGCGGAGAAGCCUGAACCGCCACAGUACGCCGCUGCUGCCACUGCCACUGCCGUCGCCAACAGUUUUAAAGAUGGAGGAACCGUCGCUGAGUUCGAGCCGAGCUCGGUUUGCUUGGCGAAGAUGGUGCAGAACUUCAUGGAGGAGAGCAACAACGAGAGGCAGCCCGCGCCGCCUGCCAAAUGCGGCCGCAACCGCUGCAAUUGCUUCAAUGCCAACAGCAACGACAGCUCCGACGACGAAUUCGACGUCUUCGGCGGCUUCGGCGAUUCUCUCACCUCAGGAUCGUUCGGCGGCGACACCUCCGAUUUGCUCAAGACUUUGAUUUCUUGCGCUAGUGUGGCCGAGAGAAACCUCUUGGCGGACACAGCGAAGAUCGUCGAGAAGAACAAAAUCCACAAACGAAAAGACGAUCUGAUCAAGAUCGUCACCGAAGGCCUCUCCUCUCUCGGCUACGAUUCCUCCAUCUGCAAAUCCAAAUGCUCCUCUUUCCCGGCCGGUGAAUACGAGUACAUAGACGUGAUAGUACAAGGCGAGAGGUUGUUGAUCGACAUUGAUUUCAGAUCAGAGUUCGAGGUCGCUCGAUCAACUGGGGCCUACAAGGCGAUCCUCCAAUCGCUGCCGUACAUCUUCGUCGGAAAACCCGAUCGUCUCGGCCAGAUCGUCGCCGUUGUCUCUGAGGGCGCGAAGCAGAGCCUGAAGAAGAAAGGCAUGCACUUUCCUCCAUGGAGAAAAGCCGAGUACAUGCGAGCCAAAUGGCUAUCGCCUCACACCAGAGCCUCGCAGCCGCCUCAAAACGACGUCGCCGCCGCGUCGGAACAGCCAAAAUCCGACGGCGACGGCGACUCCCAAAGCGACUGCGGAGAAUUGGAUCUCAUAUUCGGCGAGAAGAGCUCGCCGACGUCGGAAAAUAAUUCCGGCGACGGAGGUGGAGGAGAACCGUCGUCAGAACUGGUGCCCACGUGGCAGCCGCCGGCGGUCAACCCGAAGAGCGGCGAGAGAGGAGCGAAGAUCGUUACCGGAUUGGCUUCUCUGCUAAAAAAAAAACCCUGAGAAAAAAAAAAAAAGAAAAAAGAAAAAGAAAAAUUUUGUAUUAAA